AUGAUGCUACCUGGGGAAUUAGUGACUGACUGGUUACGGUGGCAGGAUUUGAAACCUCUUCUCGAAAUUGGAGAUUUGAUUGAGUUUCGUCGAGUAGCUGGUACAAUUAAACGUCGAAUUUAUACGAAUGGUUUCGAUAAUGCCCACCAGUCUUUACUCCUCGAAUAUGGUGAGCAAAACGGCGUUGUUAUUUGCAACUACGUGAUAGAGCACUGGGCUGUAUGUAUUGCUGUAGAAGAUGGAAAGCUUUAUGUUGCCCACUUGUCACUUGAGGAGAACGAUUUUGAAGGUCCAUCAGUGUCUUGCACUGAUUCAUUUGCCGAAAUAACCACAAAGAUUAUGAAUGGAAGCAAGGCGGAGGUCAGGAGAGAUGAGUUAAGUCAUGUAGCAAGAGAAGAUUUGUGUCGAAUAAACAAUUCUUUGGAUUGUCAGUGUAGCCCUCUUCCGCCGUCUGUUAUCGUUGAGAGGGCUCUAAUGAAACUUGGUACUGGAGAUUACAAUUUGCUUUUCAAUAACUGCGAGCACUUUGUCAAAUAUUGCAGAUAUGGAGAACCUGAAAGCGACCAGGUCAGCUUUAAAGCACAUCUUGUAACAUUUAAGAUAACAAGCUGCAUCUGCUACUGUGGCUGGAUACGCGUUUUGGAAACUCGGGUCACGUCUAAAGCGGAAGCGGAGACUAGUGUAAACUCUUUACGAUACAACUGGCGGAAAGAUCCGUCCUUUGUAUAUUAA